AAGGAGAAAUGUAUUUAGUGAUUGAUAACGGUACAGGGCAAUGCCAUUAUAUACUGCGGAUAGCUAGCCAGUCUGAGACAGUUUGGGAACAUGAAGGUGAUUAUUCUCCUCUUCGCUUGUAUAGCAUUGGCUUCAGCUUUCAAGCUGGAAAAAGCAAAACGAGCCGCACAUGCUGGGGAUUGUCCACUGACAGACACAAAUGUUUUUGGGUUUUGUAUGUAUGAUCCAAACAAGAAUUGUCUUGAGGAUAGCAAAUGCGCGCCAACCGAGAAAUGUUGCCCAAGUGGUUGCAACAAAGUGUGCAUGACAGCCGUUCACCAUCAACUGCUUCUGUCCUAAUUGUACUUCGAAAUUUCUAAUGAGUAAACAUUCUCCGACUUGUCAAGUUUAAA